ACUCGGCAAGCUAGAGGGCUCCGAUCUGGGUGCGCAGUGGCUUCGAGAGCGCGAGCAAGCCAGAACGCAAACAAAGCUAAACCAUGUCAGGCACUAAGCUCGCGGGGCUGGCCGUAUCAGUGGCCCUACUGCUCAGCUUUUGGGUUGGGACGGGGCAGGCCCAAGUAGGCUAUGUGCGCCACCUUUCGAAGCUGCGGAUCAAGGACCUGGAGGGACUGGCCAUGCGCUUGCAGCGAUCGAUCAACCCGGAAAAGUAUGCCUGUGAAAGCUACUUCGACUAUGUGUGCAGCCGGAAUAAGCCGCUUUUUUCCAUCAUGGGUCACAUGCCGCAGAUGAGCGAGCUCUUCCAGCUGAUGACGGACCUGCAGAACGAUCCGGAGCAGUUCGAGGCCAAGCAAAAGCUGCUCGACUUUUUCAUUUCCUGCAACUCGAAGCACGCCCUGGAGGAUUGCUAUCGCCAAACCUUCGAGUACUUCAAGCCCCUGUUCGGAUAUAUUAUCACCAAGCCCCUAUUGGAAGGCAGUUCCCACGAGCUGGACGACUUCCUGGGCGUCCUGGACCGAUUCGUCCGCACAGCCAAGAACGACUUCAGCUCUCACCCAAUCCUCGCGAAACUGAGCACCUACAAGCAGAAGUUCAAAUCGCCGAAGAUCUACUUCCACGCCGGGGACCUCAACCGCGAGUACCGCUCCCUGCGCAUCUAUCGGGAGAGCUACGAGCACAAUGUCCGCAACCUGGAGCAGCAUAGGAAGCUAAACUCCACGUACGAGCUGGGCGUGCAGCGCACCAUGUUGGACUGGAGCCUGUAUCUCCACCAGAGUCGCAACAAGCCGAUGUCGUACUACUACUCCACCUUCACCGUCCACCUCUACAUGACGCUCUUCAACAGUACGGAGCGGCAAAGGGACUUUACGCGGUUCCGGGAGGCGGUGGAGUGCUUGAAGCUGCCGCAGUUUGUCAACGUUCUGGACGAGGCCCGGAUGCUGGCCGUCAUCUAUCUGAAGAGCUUCCGCAAUGCAUGGCGAGAUUACUCGUCGUGGAUCGUGUCCCAGCCGCAAAACCAGGAAAUCUACGACCAGGAGAACUCUAUUCUCCAGAAGUAUCACCUGAACAACAAGCGUCUCUUCUUCACUCUCUACGCCCAGAACUUCUGUGAGUUUGGCAAGGACUUGGCAGAGCACGUCUUCUACCUCGGGCUCAACCAGAAUCCGGACUUCUUCAACAUAUAUUCGUGCGGAUUCCAGACUGAGAACCCCAUGAAUUGCGUAUAAUAUUCGACUUUAUUCUCACCAGCAGUUGAAAACACACAUUUUUUUAAACAAUACCAGUAUCUUUGUAGUAUAGACUUCAUCCUUUAAAAAUUGUUUAUUUUUUGCCUGUAUAACCUUAAUCAUUAUAUAACUUGUAUUGUAAAGAG